AUGAAAAUUUCAACUUCUCUCGCUAUUCUGGCUGGAGCAUCCAUCGCAAGUGCGCUCCCUCACGUGCAUAAACGUGACACCGAGUGUACCACGUCGCAUCUGCACCAUCGCAGCAAGAGAGCAGUUGCCAUCGAGUAUGUGUACCAGACCGUUACUGUGAACGGCCAAGGUGAGACUGUGGGCCCUUCGACCAGUACUCUUUCAACCAUCUCCGGAAGUGCAUCUUCCGUGAGCGUCGAGGCUACCACUACCUUGGGUCCAAGUUCGUCGUCGUCCUCGAGCAGCUCGCCCUCAAGCUCCGCCGCUUACUCUUCUUCCUCGCAAUAUGUUGCUAGCUCAUCUGCCUACUCGUCCUCAGCAGCCGAGUCUUCAAGCUCAGCCUACUCUUCCUCUGCUGAAGCUUCGUCGUCGGCCUCUUCCUCUUCCAGCUCUGCUGCUUCUUCCUCCUCCUCCAGCAGCUCCUCCAGCAGCUCCUCCUCUUCAGCUAAGUCCUCGAGCACCUCCUCUUCUUCGAGCUCUUCCUCUAGUUCCGGCAGCAUUUACGGUGAUUUGUCUGCCUACUCUAACCCAUCUGAAAAAUUCGAAGAUGGUACCAUUGCCUGUAGCUCGUUCCCAUCCGGCCAAGGUGUCAUUUCCUUGGACUGGCUAGGAUUUGGUGGCUGGUCCGGUAUUGAAAACUCCGAUGGAUCCACUGGGGGCUCUUGUGAGGACGGCUCCUACUGCUCUUACGCCUGUCAACCUGGUAUGUCCAAGACUCAAUGGCCAUCAAGCCAACCUUCUAGUGGUGUCUCUGUGGGUGGUUUGUAUUGUAAGAAUGGCUACUUGUAUCGUUCCAACACCGACACUGACUACUUGUGUGAAUGGGGGGUGGACAUGGCUUAUGUUGUCUCCGAAUUGAGCGAAGACGUUGCUAUUUGCAGAACCGAUUACCCUGGUACCGAGAACAUGGUUAUUCCAACUUAUGUUCAAGGUGGUAACACCUUGCCAUUGACCGUCGUCGAUGAAGACAGUUACUACCAAUGGCAAGGUAAGAAGACUUCUGCUCAAUAUUAUGUGAACAACGCUGGUGUUAGUGUAGAAGAUGGUUGUGUUUGGGGUACUUCCGGUUCUGGCGUGGGCAACUGGGCUCCAUUAAACUUCGGUGCCGGUUACACUGAUGGUAUUGCCUACUUGGCAUUAAUUCCAAACCCUAAUAACUACGACUCAUUGAACUUCAAUGUUAAAAUUGAGGCUACCGACUCUUCAAGUUCCGUCAAUGGUGAGUGUUACUACGAAGAUGGAACUUACAACGGUGAUGGUACCGAUGGUUGUACGGUGGCUGUCACUUCUGGUAGUGCCAAGUUUGUUCUUUACAGUUAG